CUCCGAUCGGCCUUUCGGUGCUCGUCGGAAGCGGGCCCAGGCCGGGGAGCGGAGCGCCGAGCGGCGGCUGAUGCAACGCGUGGGGGGCGCCGGCCGGGAGACAGCUGGGAGACCGGCGCGCGAGAGACUAGGGAGGCCGCCGAGUGAGUCAGCAUCUGGCGGGGAGUCGCCAUGGGGGAAGAUCUGACCGCCCAGGAGAGGCUUCACCUGAUCACCCGGAACUUGCAGGAGGUUCUUGGAGAGGACAAAUUGAAAGCCAUCCUGAAAGAACGGGAGCUGAAGAUUUACUGGGGGACAGCCACCACGGGCAAGCCUCACAUCGCCUACUUCGUGCCCAUGUCCAAGAUUGCAGACUUCCUCAAGGCUGGCUGUGAGGUGACCGUUCUGUUCGCUGAUCUGCAUGCCUACCUAGACAAUAUGAAGGCUCCGUGGGAACUUCUGGAAUUGCGUACCCAGUAUUACGAGGGGGUCAUUAAGGCGAUGCUGGAGAGCAUUGGGGUGCCCCUGGAGAAGCUUCGGUUUGUCCGAGGGACCGACUUCCAGCUCAGCAAGGAAUACACCCUGGAUGUCUAUCGACUGUCCUCUGUUGUCACGCAGCAUGAUGCCAAGAAAGCUGGCGCAGAAGUGGUGAAACAAGUGGAACACCCCCUCCUCAGUGGUCUUCUCUACCCUGGGCUGCAGGCACUGGAUGAAGAGUACCUGAAAGUUGACGCACAGUUUGGAGGAGUGGAUCAGAGAAAAAUUUUCACCUUUGCAGAAAAGUACCUCCCGUCCCUGGGCUACACCAAACGCAUCCAUCUGAUGAACCCCAUGGUGCCUGGAUUGACGGGAACCAAGAUGAGCUCUUCGGAAGAGGAGUCUAAGAUUGAUCUUUUGGACCGAAAAGAGGAUGUGAAAAAGAAGCUUAAGAAGGCUUUUUGCGAGCCAGGAAAUGUGGAGAACAACGGGGUCUUGUCCUUUGUCAAGCACGUGCUCUUCCCCCUCAGAUCAGAGUUCGUGAUCCUUAGAGAUGAGAAGUGGGGAGGAAAUAAAACUUACACAAGCUAUGGGGAUCUUGAGAAGGACUUUGCUGAGCAGGUUGUCCAUCCGGGAGACUUGAAAAACUCCAUCGAGGUGGCCUUGAACAAACUCCUGGAUCCCAUCAGAGAGAAGUUCAGCAGCUCACAAAUGAAGAAGCUGGCCAGCCGUGCAUAUCCUGAGGCCUCCACAGCAAAAUCUGCCGUAAAGGGCUCCACAAAGAACUCCGACUCCGAAGAAGUCAUCCCGUCCCGAGUGGAUCUCCGGGUUGGCAGAGUGCUCAGUGUGGAAAAGCAUCCUGAUGCCGAUACGCUGUACGUGGAGAAGAUUGACCUGGGGGAGGCCCAACCUCGUACAGUGGUCAGUGGUCUGGUGGAGUUUGUGCCCAAGGAAGAGCUCCAGGACAGGCUGGUGGUGCUGGUCUGCAAUAUGAAGCCCCAGAAGAUGCGAGGAGUGGAGUCCCAGGCCAUGCUGCUCUGCGCUUUCAGUUCUGGAGAUCCCUGCCGAGUGGAGCCCUUGGACCCCCCAGCAGGCUCCUGUCCUGGAGAACGAGUGUUUGUAGAAGGCUUUGAGAAUGGCCAACCGGAUGAUGAGCUGAAGCCCAAGAAGAAAGUAUUUGAGAAGCUGCAGGCUGACCUCCAGAUUUCUGAGAACUUUGUGGCCCAGUGGAAGGGGAAGAAUCUCACGACUGCUCUGGGGAGCCUGACGUGCAAAUCUCUGAAAGGGGGCAGCAUCCGCUAGAGCCCCAGCCUGCCCCUCUCCUGCGCCCACCCCCCCAUGUUCUGCCCACCUCUCCUCCUCCUCCUCCUCCUCCGUGCUUCCAUCAGUGAUCUUUGUGCAGCUGCACCUGACCCAGGAAAUCAUGAACCAGCCGGUGAGGAAGGAAAACUGCUUCCAGCAGUGACAGGGCCCUGGAUUUCCUUCUCUCCCAACGUGUCCGAGGUCUGUCUGUGUUGCAGGAGAAAGAGGCAGUUGCUUCCUUUCACUGGCUGGUGAAGGUGACAAAAGCUGCUUCUUGUGAAACUUCAUCCUGGGAGAAUGAGAUCCCCCCCUUCAGACUAAUCUUCCCUCUGCGGGGAGUUGCUUCCCACCGAUGGCCACAGCAGCCUUCCAUCCAGCUGACGGGGCGGUCUCGCUUCUUGUCCUCUGCUGCUUCCGUUGAGUUCGGAUCCGGGCUAGAGAAGAAGAGCUCCCUCGGAGGAGCAGACCCAUAAGCUCCGUCAUGAAAUAUCGUCAUGUUUGUCUCAAAAUGCAGUGCCCCCUUUUCAGACGAACUGAUUGUGCAUCGGCUAAUUCUGUAAAUCAGGUUGCCAAACCUGGACACCCCUGCUGUAAAUGAUGCAUCGUAUUCCAGAGAUAAAAGCUUGAUUUGGUUUCUGGGCAAAAGAUGUAAAAGGGUUUUGUCUAGAGUGCUUGCACAAACCAUAUUAAGAAAAUAAUUUUGUUAGGCCACGCAAAAUGAACUCCAGAAAGAAGCUGCAGGUGGUUUGCAGAAACAGGCAGACCAAAGGCCUGAACAUUUGGGACCCGGCACCUCACAAAGCACUGGGGGUAUUUAAGGCAUUUGAAUAUGCAGGAAGUCCCAACUUGCGACCCUAAUAGAGCCUGCCCAUUUGUAAACCACGAUGGUUGUAAAGCAGGUUAUCACCCUGUUACUUUUUUUUUUGCAACAAAAGUUGUUUCAACAAAAACAACUUAAUUGCAGUCGCUUAAUUGUGGGGCACAAUAAAUGGCCACAAAUGCA